AUGUUGGGCAAGUCAAGCACGGAGGCAUGGUCCAUCUCCUUCGCGUGCAAAGUCUUCGGUGACUUCGCGGACCCGGGCAUCCCCACCAUCUCUGCUGACCUGGCCAUAACAAUCCGCGACACGACCUGCUGGGCCGAGGACACCGUCAUGGGCCUGGCCGAGACUUUGCAGCCACUAUCGGGCGUGGCGCCCGCGGACGAGGGCUCGUGCCGCAAGCUCUGCCGAGUUCGCUCCAGCUGCGCCUACUACAAGUGGGACCAGGGCAACUGCUCGCAAGUCGUGAAACGGGCCGAUGGUGGUUGGCUUCAGGCCAUUGCCAAGAUCUGGAACUGCUCCAACACGGACACCUGCCGUGAGGUCAGAACUGCGACAUGGUACUACAAUGGCAUCUACUGCCCGGUUGGUGCAGACACUCUGCGCAACAGCGUCAUCUACUUCAAGGAGGGCACCACGCCUCAGGAAGAGCUGGUCCUGUAUCAGCACCGGGAAGCUGUGGACGGCGCCAUCCCUGGCUGCCUGGAUGGCAGCUGGGUCAUCAAGCUGUCCAGCAGGGCCGACUACAAGAAGCCGCAGAUGGGGUACUUCGAGAUGCACGGCGAGGCGCGCCACUGUGCAAGCCCUGGCGAGGUCCUCUUCGCCACGCUGCCAUGUGGCCCGCCGGAGAACGUUACGGAGGAGGAGGUGAAGGUGCAGAAGAUCAUCCUCGACGACCCGGCCACGCCUGCCGGGGCGGACUUCUGGCUCCACCCUUGCGAGUGUGCGUCGGCGGCAUGGGGCGCGGACAUGCCCGUCGAUCCGGUGACCUAUGAGAUGACCGGGGACGCCGAGACGGCCACCUACAUUCCCCCUCCGCUAAUGCUGGUCAACGGGGAGUUUGUGUGCCCGAACCGCAACCUCCUGCCGAACCCGGGCGUCUACUUCGAGACCGAGGCGGAGUCGAUGGAGUACGAGGUCUGCGAGGCCAAGUGCAAGAACCACGACGACUGCAACUUCUUCUGGCACGGAACGCAGUCGUCGGCGACGUCCUGCCGGCUCUACUCGUCCUGCGACAGCCUCGUGCGGGAGAUUGGCUUGGAGGGCGAGCUGACAGCCAUGCCCCGGGCGCCAGGAUGCGUCGUCGCAAAUCCUCAGGAGUGCUUCACCGUGUCCAUGCGGAGACAGUAUCUGACCAGUGUGGCUCCUGCGACCUUCUUCUUCUGGGACCUUCAUGCGCAAUGCGACAUGAUGCUUUUGCUGGGAGGUGCUGGCAUCUCUGCAUGUGGAAGGCCCACCUAUCGACCGCCCGAUUACGGAGACUGGCGCCACAAGAAGAAGCUCCCGGCAAGCUUCGAGCACGGAAACACGCUCAAGGUGUCAUGCUGGAACGAGCGCUAUUCCGCCGUGCGAGGUAGCCAGGGCACCAGCGAGGAAGUGCUGACCUGCGUCAACGGGAAUUGGUUCAGCUCAGCUGACGAGCCCGGGCUUGGGAGCUUCAACUGCUUCGAGUGCGUCCAGGUGGCCUCCAACGGCUUCAACAAAAUCGAGGAGCGCCGGGAGCAGGAACUCUACUUCUUCAAUCGCAUGGAGCUCUCCGUGCACAGUGAGGUGAACCAGCUGGACAGCGGCAAGGUGCAUUGCAUGGAGAUGAAGGAGCCGAUUUCUGAGGGUGUCCCUGCUGGACCGCCUUCAGGCAAGUCCUGGCUCGCCGAAGCCAAGCCGCUCUACGAGCGCAAGCCGACAGAUGUCUGGAAGAUGGAAUUCCUCAUCUACAGUGCAAACGACAAGAGGACCUUCGACGAAGAGAAGAAAUGGGCGGAGGACCAGGGCGGGCAUCUGGUAACUUUCGCAGAAGCCUGGAACUGGAUCAUUGAAAACCCCUUCUUCUUCGCAGACCGCGGCAUCGACAUGUGGAUGCCCACGCUGGAGCCGGACGGCACGCGCGACUACAUUCAAAUCGGCAGGCCCGCCUGGGCCGUCUCGGGCCAGAGUCACAACUCUGUGUGGGGGUGGCCAGGUUGGGCCGACGACAAGACUUUGCAAGGUUGGGGAUCUGGCGAGCGAGCCCUUUUGUACUGGAAGAAGAUCACCAUCAUCGGCUCGACCCGCGAGCUGGAGAAGAACAAGUACCAAGUCUUCCGGAGCAAUGCUCCUCAGCCCUACGGUGGAGACCCCCGGCGCACGUGGAACGAGUCGAAGGCGUGGGUUGAGAAGCAAGGGGGGCGGCUGAUGACGAGGGCCGAAGCCACGAUCUUUUUCUUCAACUAUCGCUACUAUAUUGACCAGGGUCUCGACAUGUGGGUUCCAGUCGAGGAAGCCGAUGGCACCAGAGAUUGGAUCCAGGGAGGCAACGUGCACUGGGCGGCUCCGGGAACUUCGCACACCGCAGUGUUUGGGCGCGCGGCCUGGGAAGAUGACAUCUCGUUGCAAGGAUGGACUCCCAACGAGCGCAUCCUCGCCUGGAAGCAGAAGGAGAUGGUCACAGCUUCCGUCUGGCCCGGGGACGUCAUUUCGCUGCGCAACGCACAUUGGGGCAGCUUUGCCCGAGCGCAUUCCCCGAUAAUGGACGCCAGCGGAGAAAGUGAGAUACCCAUGCCAAAAGAGUGGACAUGGGAGCGCUUUACUGUCGUGGACGCGGGCAGUAAUGGGGAUGUGGCCUUGCACAACUUCUACCACAAUGGCUUUGCGCGCAUACGGGGUUCGGACAACCUUGCCGACCUGCUUCUGUUCAACUUCGACGCGUUUGACGAAAGUUGGAUGGCUUGGGAGAGGUUUCAGAUCAUCGAGCUGGGGGAUGGAGCCAUUGCGCUCUACGUCCCAUUUCUCCGACGCUUCCUUCGGAUGCCCGGCGCUGGGAGGCAGAUGGAUGGCUCACCGCAGGUGGGCCCACUCGUGGCGCAGAACUGGGUGUUGGAGAAGUUCCAAGUCGAGCACCUGGACUAUGCCCAGUCACCUGGUCUUGUCGCUUGGUACAAGAGCGAGGACGCGGCGCCAAACUGGCGAAGUGCUGUUGGGGACUACGCCGCACAUGCCACGCACGGUGAGGCGAAGGUGUACGAGGCGCAGGGAAGCGGCGCUGCCGCUCCCGUCCGCUACGUGUACGGAGUCGCGGGUGAUUCGAGGACACCGAGGGUGGCCUACGACUUCGGCCACAUUGUGAAGCCCGCGUACACCGUUUGCUCCGUCACUCGCGUCCCGGCGCUCAAAAAUCGGUUCGGGGCUUGUGAGUUCAAGCCCCUGAGCCCUCUAAGCCCUCAGCUAUAG